CUUUAUGCCGAGUACAGAGUAGUGGUUUGUCCCGGUUCACCGUCCUUGAUGUGAUUGGGAAGGAGGUGCUAGGGGCCGAGUUCCGGGAACAAGAAUGUAAACAAACAAUGGCGUCUGAAGCGGUGUGUAUGAUAUGAGACACAGCCGGUGUGUCUUGUGUUUUCGUCUGUUUCACAGUUCCACCUACAGCACCAACAAACUCCUCUUUGCCUCGCCAUGGUUACAGUUGUGCGCUGAAGCGCGCUCUGUGCUCCCAUUGGUCAACGUCACAGAACACGUCGUGGAAGGCAAAAACAUUCUAUUAGUAUUUCUGUCGGGACGUUUGAGGCGGCAUACAUGCGGCGUAGGUUUUCGUCCACUAUGAUAAAACGAGGAUAAAACGAUCAAUUGUCGAGCACAACGCCCUGCGUCUGUAGAGCCCCGGGCUGAUAUGUAGUUUGAACUCAGCAUUACACUCUUCCGGAAACGCCUCUUUUCAUCGUCAAAUGUUUGGCAGUCGAUCUGACAAGGAAAAUAUUAACCACCGGUAAGGGGCUUGUUCUGUGUGUCCAACAGUGCAUCAACCCUUGUUGCAAAGUCUUGUCCGAAGGUCAAUAAACACUGCAUGUGCAACUACUGAAGAGUGUCCCCACAUGAACAUGGACAUCGCCGCAGUAAAUGCUCUUCCUUACGAGGAUUUUGUGAAUAUUUUCGGCAAUGUGGUGGAGAAGUGUCCCAUUAUAACAGCUGCUGUGUGGUCGAGGCGUCCCUUUGUGAGCUUGACAGCACUGGAGGCUGCAAUCUGUGAAUUCAUCGAUGCUCUCCCAGAAUCAGGUAAAGAGGGGAUCCUCAGGUGUCACCCGGACCUCGCGGGCAGGGACCUCCAGAGCGGCACUUUGACCCGGGAGUCGCGCGAGGAGCAGGCGAGAGCCGGGAUGGAUGCGCUGAACUCCGCGGAAGCCGUGCGCAUGGCCCGGCUCAACGAGGAGUACAAGGAGCUCUUCGGAUUCCCUUUUGUCAUCUGCGCCCGCAUGAACGACAAGGCGAACAUAUUACGGCAGCUGUCCGAGCGCUGCCAGAACGAGCGCGCGGUGGAGAGGGCGCGCGGCAUCGAGGAGGUGAAGAAGAUAUGCCGCUUGCGUCUCCAAGGUCUCGUGCUCACUGACGCUCCCAAGUUAUGAACCUUAAUUAGGCUUACUGGAGUUUAUAUUGGAUGUCCUCUGCUCCAGUUUAACCACCUGGAUCUACAGACUGCCAUUGUUCUCAGGCUUGUAUAGGCUGUGAUAUUUGCUUUAUUCCAAAUUUAUUAUGUGUGUUAUUAAUCCAUCAUACUGUACAAUGAAUUCUUCAAACAAUAAAAUAUGUGUAUCAUUGAUUCUAA